CGUCGACCUUCACUAGCUUGAGCCUGCUACCUCACAACACCGACGGUGGCAGCGAAUUGCCUUGUCAAUCCGAUCCGAGACACCCCCUGAGCUCCGCAAGGUGUGCCGACCAUGCUGGCGAGGUCCUGCCUGCGCUCGACGCGCGCAUUCGCCGGCGCGAGAAAUGGCGCCGUGCAAAUUACCAAGCGUGCCGCGUCUUCUUCGAGCUCCGGGUCUGCUGCCGAGUCCCCGUUCCGGUUGAAUAUCGCUGCCGCCGCCGCUACCACUGUCGCCGCCGGCUCAAUUGCGUGGUACUACCAUCUCUAUGGACCUACCGCGGACGCCAUGACUCCGGCAGAAGAAGGGUUGCACCCGACCAAGUAUCCGUGGGUCCAUGAGCAGUGGUUCAAGACCUUCGACCACCAGGCUCUUCGAAGAGGCUUCCAAGUUUACAGGGAAGUCUGCGCGUCGUGCCACUCGCUCAGCAGGGUGCCGUACCGCGCUCUUGUCGGCACUAUCCUGACCGUCGACGAGGCCAAGGCGCUGGCUGAGGAGAACGAGUACGAUACCGAGCCCAACGAGCAGGGCGAGAUCGAGAAGCGCCCCGGCAAGCUGUCCGACUACCUUCCGGCGCCUUACAAGAACGACGAGGCUGCCCGCUUCGCCAACAACGGUGCCCUUCCUCCCGACCUGAGCUUGAUGGUCAAGGCCCGGCAUGGCGGCUGCGACUACAUCUUCUCCCUCCUGACCGGCUACCCCGACGAGCCGCCUGCUGGUGCCCAGGUCGGUGCUGGUCUGAACUUCAACCCUUAUUUCCCCGGUACCGGCAUUGCCAUGGCUCGCGUUUUGUACGAUGGCCUAGUCGAGUACGAGGACGGCACGCCGGCCUCGACUUCCCAGAUGGCCAAGGAUGUUGUUGAGUUCCUGAACUGGGCCGCCGAGCCCGAGAUGGACGACCGGAAGCGCAUGGGGAUGAAGGUACUGGUUGUCACCUCAGUUCUCUUCGCGAUUUCCGUCUGGGUUAAGCGGUACAAGUGGGCAUGGCUCAAGUCGAGGAAGAUUGUCUACGACCCGCCCAAGACGAAUGAGAUCACCCCGCGUCGCUAAGUGUCAAAGUCGAGGCCAGGAUAUCCCAGGGCUUGGCCUUUGUUUGUAUGUACCAUAUACUGCUAGGCUUCUCCUCGUUCCUCUAUAAGGCCUGAACCAAAAGGGUGGGGGGGAGUGAAAGGUUCUCGAGCGAUGAGAAGGGGGCAGGGUGGGUAGAGCGGAGUGUGAGGAUUGUAAAUCAAAUUCGCUGGUCUCAAUCUAGACAUUUUCCUUGUUAUUCAGAAGGUUAAUCCUUGCCACUUGUUCGAGAUAAUCGAGCGCCUUGUUUGACUUGUACUGUACAUACAUCUUUUGGCAGCACCGCUUAAUAAGUGGCCAAGCACAUUUGCGCAUCACAUCCAUCGC